AUGGCCAAUUCUACUGAUUCUACUUUUGCUGACCGUGGCAGUCCCUCGUUCUCCAGUGGUAAUGCAAUGGGCCCUGCCACCAAUGGUAGAACCGUCGUGGAUUUUAUUCCUCAAGUAGCUGGCUUGCCCUUUCCUCCUCCUAUUCUGAGAUUGUCUAAGGCCCAGAGGAAGACCACUCCUACCGGAGUAAAUCAUGGUUCUGCUUCUAGUGGGAAACAGCCUUCGCCUCCUCCUGCCAUAAAAAUAUUUGUGAGUUAUCCGACAAUAUAUAAACUGGGAGCAAGGAAAUUUCUACUAGAUAAUAAUGUUUCUCCAUUAGGCUGUGUGCCCGCCAAUAUUCACGCCAAAAAGCACAAUACUUCCUGUGUGGAAGAUAUUAACCAGAGAGUAGCUUUCUUCAAUGGACUCCUCCCCAACGUUUUGACAAAACUAGAGAAGAUCUUAACGGGAUCUACUUUAGUGGGGUGUGAUCUAUACAAAUUGUUUUAA